UUCACCAACCUUCUAUCUAUCUAUAGGCCAAAACAAACAAGAUUUACUGAAAAAACCAGAGCGGUGGAGCAAAAACACCACUCUCCAAACCAAACAUAAAUCUCUUCAACUCGUCAUCACCAUGUCAAUCUCCACAACUUCUCAGCCCGAUCGGGCCCAAGAACUGUGGCGGCGCUGCCUCGCCUCCGCCUUCCGAACCGCACUAGCCUGCACCUUAGUAGGCGGCACCACCCUCUACGGCCCUGCACGCAUCACGCGCCAUUUAACAUUCCCCGCUUUCUCUUACGUCACCGUGAUUUUAAUCGUCAGUGACGCCACCUUUGGCGACACUUUACGCGGGUCCUGGCUUGCGCUCUACGCUACCGUGCAAGGCGUGGGCCCGGCCAUAUUGACCCUGUGGCUGAUAGGCCCGGCCCAAUUGACAACGUGCACGACGGCGGUGGCGGUGGCGAUGAGUGCAUUUGUGGUGGCUGUGCCGGAAUCGACCCAUUUGAUAGCGAAGAGGAUAGCGCUGGGGCAAAUUGUGAUAGUGUAUGUAAUAGCUUAUGUGCAAGGUGGGGAAUGUGAGCCUGUAAUGCAUUGUGUACACGUGGCGGCGAGCACCGGAAUCGGGGUAUUGGCUUGUGUUGUGGCGCUGUUGUUUCCGUACCCGAGGCUGGCAACUUGUGAGGUAAAAAGGAAUUGGAAGCAGUUUGAAAACAAUGCAUCAGAAAGGCUAGAGCUAUUUGUGGAGGCAUUAUGUGCAGAAGACAUUCAGUGUGCACAAGCACUGAUAUCUCAGGCUAAGUUAUUGGCUAUUAGGUCUACCAAAUAUCUCCAUUUUAUCAAAUCCAAGCAAGAAAGCAUGCAGUGGGAGAGGCUUCCAAUCAAGUUUUUGAAACCAUAUUGCAUGAAUCCAGGAGAAAGAUUAGAGGAACUAGACAAGCCAUUAAGAGGGAUGGAAAUUGCUUUAACAAGUUCUUCAAAUCCAGUUCAAACACUGGACCAAGAGCUCAGAGAUGGUCUACUUAGAUUAGAGGAGCACAUUGGCCAAACCCUAAAGAAAGUUUUGCCUCUUGACUCCCCAACUUUCCCUGAAUCAAAUGCAAAAAAUGUGUUGAAGUCCCUCCAAACCCUUCAAACCGUCCCACAAAACCAGAAAGAUUUACCCACUUUCUUCUUCUUAUUUUGCCUGAAACUCCUCCAGAAGAAAUCAAUGGCCACUUCAUCAACUAAUGUUUCAGUUAUAGAUGGAUCACCCAUUUUAAGUGUACAAAAUUCUAUCAUAAAACCAAACACAACGCUUUCACAUGAAGUGGGAGGACCCAUUAAAUGUCCGAAUCCCAUGAGGAUUCUGAUUGGGUUCUAUGCAGGUAGAAAAACUAAUUCAAGCAAACAAGACAGGUUGGCUUUUUCCAAGGGCGUAUGGAGCAAUUGGGGGGCCAUGAACAAAAGAUACAAAAGGCUCAUCUCAGCCUUGAAAUGCUCACUUUCUUUAGGCCUUGCUGUGUUGUUUGGUUUGAUAUAUAGCAAAGAAAAUGGGUAUUGGGCCGGACUGCCCGUAGCAAUCAGCAUUGCUGGUGCAAGAGAGGCAACAUUCAAAGUAGCCAAUGUGAAAGCUCAAGGGACAGUGUUAGGAACUGUCUAUGGAGUACUAGGUUGUUUCAUGUUUCAAAAAAUUGCCCAAGUAAGGUUCCUGUCUCUUCUUCCUUGGUUCAUUUUCACUAGUUUUUUACAGCAAAGCCGCCUGUACGGCCAGGCCGGUGCCAUAUCAGCUGUUAUUGGGGCAGUUUUAAUCUUAGGCAGAAAAAACUUUGGUCCUCCGAGUGAAUUUGCUAUUGCCAGAAUCGUUGAGACCUUCAUUGGAUUAUCUUGCUCAAUCAUGGUAGAGAUUGUCUUGCAGCCCACAAGAGGUUCUACUCUAGCUAAAAUGCAACUUUCCAAAAGCCUCAAGGCAUUGCAUGAGUGUGUCAGCUUGAUAAGUCUUGGUGAUAGCAAAACCAGCUUGGGAGAUAGCCAAAAGAAGCUGAAGACCCAUGUAAAUGAGCUCAAACAGUUCAUAGGAGAGGCUGAGGUAGAACCCGAUUUCUGGUUUUUGCCUUUUAACAGUGCUUGCUAUUAUAAGCUCUGGGGGUCUUUGUCAAAGAUGGAGGAUCUCUUGCUCUUUGUUGAUCAUGCAAUCGGAUCGCUUGAGCGAAUUGACAAGCUAGAAGGUCACAUUGAGCGUUUUAAGAAAAUGAUUUGUUCUUCAGUGAAGUGUUUUGAGGAGGUCAGUUUGGUCAAAUCACUUUCACACCUUGAGAAGGAGCUUGAAAAGAAGAACAUUGCUCAUGAUAUUGAGUUGGGAAAACCACCAAGUUCAAUUGUGUUUGGGAGUUGUGGUUCAGCUGAAGAUGAGAUAGAGAAGAUCAUAAGUUAUUAUCUUGAAGAUUCAAGAGAAGUUGUUGAUAAAGUCAAUUCUGUUGAAGUUGAUAAUGAUGGGAUCAAGACACAGAAUUGUUUGAGUUUGAGUGCACUGGUUUUUUGCAUGGUGAGUUUGGUGAGAGAGACUCGGGAGAUUGAAAAGGGUGUGAAGGAGAUUAUGCAGUGGGAGAAUCCUUCAACCCAAGUAAAUUUGCAUGAAAUUUCAUGGAAAGUGCAUACUUUGUACAAGUAAAUGUUGUACCAUUUUGAAAAUUGUACAAGUAAACUGUUAGGGUUCUGUAAGUGUAAGCCACCCCUCCUUAUAUUUGGUUAAUCAUAAUUUUUGUAGGGGGAGGAUCGCAAUCCAUUUUUGAAUGAAAAAUUUGAUAAGUUAUUCGAUGGUCAAAAAAUUGAUUGGCGGAUGAUUUGACUAGUAUU